AUGAGAAUAGUUAGCUUACGGUUACGAGGCCUACAGAUAAAUGAUUAUAGAAAAUUUGCGAGAUACUUGUGUAGCACUACAAUUUGCAAUCAUUCCACUUCCAAACCCUAUGAUCUGGCGACAGAGCUGCCAACCAAGAGCGCCAGAGCCACAACACCGUUGGAAGAGUACGAUAGGCUAGUUAAAAUCAAGAAACUGAGAGAUGAUCCAUAUCAAAGGGGAAUUAUCCGGUCACUAGGUUCUCUUUACGAUUCAUUGUUGCAGUACAGCCCGCCGGAGAUCCAAGCGCCUGACGCUUUGGACCAAGUAGGCUGGAAGUCCUCUUUCCUGGGCCGAUUGAUGGGUUUCAGGGUUCAAAAGAAUGAGAAUGACUUUUCCGGCAUCCCAAAGGGAAUUUAUCUUUAUGGGGAUGUUGGUUGUGGCAAAACUAUGUUAAUGGAUCUGUUCUACUCGACUAUACCUCAUUAUCUCUCCAAGAAGAGGAUACACUUCCAUCAAUUUAUGCAAUACGUACACAAGAGGUCGCAUGAGAUCAUAAAGGAGCAGAAUUUGGACGAGCUCGGGGCUGCAAAGGGCAGAGACAUAGAUCCCAUUCCCUUCCUAGCAGCGGAAAUUGCAAGUGGUUCUAGAGUCUUAUGUUUCGAUGAAUUCCAAGUGACGGACGUCGCAGACGCCAUGAUACUGAGACGUUUGUUAACAACUUUACUAUCCAAGGAUCACGGCGUAGUAUUAUUCGCCACUUCAAAUAGGCAUCCUGAUGAGCUUUAUGUGAAUGGUCUGCAGAGGGAGUCGUUCAUUCCAUGUAUUGAGCUUAUCAAGAACAGGACAGAAGUCAUCUUCUUGAACUCUCCAACAGACUACCGUAAAAUUCCACGGCCAUCAUUGACUGUGUAUUACUAUCCCGAGAAAGGGCUGAAAUACAAUUCCAAGGAGUGCCGCCGAAAGCGGGACAACCACAUUGAUCAGUGGUACACUUACUUCGCUCAAACGGAGAACACGGCUUCAACUGAGCACGAAGUUCUUACCGAUUUUACAUUGACCACAUGGGGCCGCCGAUUUGCUGUUCCCAAGUGCACACCUUUAUGCGUUGCCCAGUUCACUUUUAAGCAGUUAUGUGGGCAGCCUCUGGCUGCUGGUGAUUAUCUAUCGUUGGCCAGCAAUUUCAAGGCGUUCAUCGUUACUGACAUUCCGUAUCUUUCAAUUUAUGUCCGAGAUGAGGUUAGAAGAUUUAUAACGUUCUUGGAUGCCGUUUACGAUACUGGCGGAAAACUGGCUACAACCGCUGCAGCAGAUUUCACGUCGUUGUUCGUGGAGCCUCAGGACCUUUUGAAUGAUUUUGAAUUGAAGAGCAAUUUAAAGGAAAGCGAAUCGGCCGUUGAAAAAGUGGAAGAGGAAGACUCUCUCGUCAGCCAACACGGAUUCUCAAAAGAAAUUGCGAAGAAAUCUCAGAUAUUUGCGCUUGACGAAGAAAGGUUCGCCUUUGCCAGAGCAUUGAGCAGACUAUCGCAAAUGAGUUCGGCAGAAUGGGUUGAACGUUGA